AUGGCUCAAGAACAUCGGGAUUUCCUGCUUGUCAUCCUGCGUGGACCUGUGGACGGAGAUGCGCUGCGAGACGGUCUCGGCGCUCGCAUCAUCGAGAACGCCCAUAACAUCAGCGCGAUGUUCAGCCCUGGCGAAUGUCGUUUCGACAUCAAGGAAGUCAGCAUCGUCAACUUUCAUAAGGCCCAUGGCGGCAGCGGGUCCAGGAACAAGAAGGCCAGAAGGCCGAAUCAGAUCGCUCGCCAUGUUGCUCGCAGCCAGGGCUGCGAAGUCGCCGACCUCAUUGGACUGAGGAACCAUCCCUUGGGGUGGGAUGGCCCUGCGUGGACCGCUCUCUGUGCCCGUGACUGGUCUCCGGUGUAG